AUGGCUGCCGCAAGCAACGUCGCCGCCAUCGCCAAGCGCCUCGACAGCCUCCCGCUGACGGGCCUCCUCGGCAUCUCGGGCUACUACUGGGGCCUCCUCCUCAAGACGGGCGUCGGCUGGGGCAUGGACUCGCUGGACACGUUCCUCUUUACGUACCUCGGCGCAAAAGGCUGGCAGAAAUCCAUCGUCAACUACGACCUCGAGACCAAGAUCAUGACGCCGCUCAACGGCCACCAGCUCGGGCUCCUCGGGUCGGCCUCGUUUGCCGGCUCGUUCUUUGGUGCGAUCCUCUUCGGCCAGCUCGCCGAUGUCUUUGGCCGCAAGCCCAUGUUUAUGAUGACGCUGCUCUUCUUCAUGACCGCGACGCUCAUCUGCGGUGCGGCCGACAGCUACGGCAUGCUCCUCUCGUUCCGCUUCCUCGCCGGCAUCGGCCUCGGCGGCGAACUGCCCGUCGCGUCGUCGCUCGUGCAGGAGCUCACGCCGGCGCCGGUCCGCGGCCGCAUCAUCGUGCUCCUCGAAUCCUUCUGGUCGAUCGGCUCGAUGGGCGCUGUCCUCAUGGCGUUCGAGCUCAUCAAGGUCGUCUCGUGGCGGUCGGUGUUCUACCUCUCGGCGGUCCCGGCCGUCUACGCGAUUGCGAUCCGGAUCAUGAUUCCCGAGUCGCCCAAGUGGCUCGCCAACGUCGGCCGCAUGGACGAAGCCGAGGCGAUCGUGGCCAAGAUCGAGCGCGCGCACGGUGUGACGUACGACAAGGAAGGGGAAGCGGCCAAGGUCGCAUCGGACGAGCCGGUCUCUGGUAUGGACGUGCGCGGGCUCACGCAGCUCGAGCGCGUUGGGCUCAUGUUCCGCGGCGAGUUUCUCUCGCGCACGCUCGUGCUCUGGGUCGUCUGGAUCUGCCUCGCGUUCUCGUACUACGCCAUUUACGUCUGGCUGCCCACGCUGCGCUCCAAGGAACCCGGUGGCUUCAACCUCAACGGCUCGACGGGCACGAUGAUUUUCAUCAUUUUCUGGCAGCUGCCCGGCUACAUUUCGGCGGCCUACCUCGUCGAGAUCAUUGGUCGCAAGAAGACGCUGGCCAUCUUCCUCGUCGGGUCGUUCAUCGCGGCCAUGGCCUUUGGCUACGUGGAGAACACGCAGACCAACCUCAUGAUCACGGGCGCCUUCAUGUCAUGGUUCAUGCUCGGCGCGUGGGGCUCGCUGUAUGCGUACACGCCCGAGAACUACCCGACGCCGAUCCGCGCCAUGGGCGCCUCGUACCCCGUGGCCGUCUGCCGCAUUGGGUCGAUUGCCGGCCCGUACAUCGUGCCCAUCAUGAUUGAGAACGACUGGUCGAGCAAGUCGAUCAUGUGGGUGUGCGCGAGCUGCCUCCUUGUCGCGUCCAUCGUGCUCCUCGUCUUUGGCUUCGAGUCGCGCGGCCAGAACGUCGAGUCGGCGCCGAUCGUCGAAGCGUACUUGAAGGAACGCCGCGGCGAAGGCGUCCAGACGCCGGUGCGUGAGUACUAG